CACCCUCCUCAUCAGUCGUCGCCUCAAAAAAACCAAGUCAAUCUUCUUCCACUCUCUCUUGGGACCCCUCUCCCUUCCUCCCCAUCCCCAUCUCCAUCUUCGUGUCCUUCUCUCACUUCCUACUUCCUCCUCUAUUACUUAGAGAGAGAGAGAGAGGGGUUUGCCUCUUCCAGUAGCAUCUCGGGGGUCUUGUCGAUGGAGAUCGUGAUGAGACGCAUCUGAUCGGCAAGGCAGUGGGCGGGGGAUUCGGUGGAGUAGCGAAUUGGAGGCGAAGAGCAUGAAUUAGGACCCCCUUCCCCUCCCCUCCCCUCUCUUCCGGCCUCUUCUUCUCGUGUGUGGGGUUUUAUGUUUUCGGGAUUCAGUACAUAGAUAGAUAGAUAGAGAUAGAUAGAAAGAUAGAUAGAGAGGUCACAGGUCCGAUAGAUGUUAGAUCAUCUUCGGCUCUGUAGAGAUGGAAUCUGGGAACGGGUUCUUCGUCGGCGACGAUUUCCGCAUCGAUCACAAGUGGCUCAUCGAUCCCAAGCUGCUGUUCGUCGGCCCCAGGAUCGGGGAGGGCGCCCACGCCAAGGUCUAUGAGGGCAAGUAUAAGAAUCAAAAUGUUGCUAUCAAGAUUGUCCACAGGGGAGACACCCCCGAGGAGGUGGCGAAGCGCGAGGGGAGGUUCGUGAGGGAGGUGAGCAUGCUCUCCAGGGUCCAACACAAGAACCUUGUCAAGUUCGUAGGGGCAUGUAAGGAGCCGGUGAUGGUGGUGGUCACCGAGCUUCUGCUGGGGGGAUCGCUGCGCAAGUACUUGCUCAACUUGAGGCCGCGGAGCUUGGAACCUCGUGUUGCUGUCGGAUUCGCUCUGGACAUAGCUCGGGCCAUGGAGUGCCUCCAUUCGCAUGGAAUCAUUCAUCGGGAUCUAAAGCCAGAGAACUUGCUGUUGACCGCGGACCAGAGAACAGUGAAACUUGUAGACCUUGGUUUGGCGAGAGAAGAGACAUUGACAGAGAUGAUGACUGCCGAAACAGGAACAUACCGUUGGAUGGCUCCUGAGUUAUAUAGCACUGUUACAUUGAGGCACGGAGAAAAGAAGCACUACAAUCACAAAGUUGAUGUAUACAGCUUCGCAAUAGUGUUGUGGGAGCUGUUGCAUAAUCGGCUUCCUUUCGAAGGCAUGUCAAACCUGCAAGCCGCCUACGCUGCUGCUUUCAAGAACAUCAGGCCGACUGCAGACAACCUUCCCGAGGAACUGGCGCUGAUCUUAACCUCUUGCUGGAAUGAGGACCCGAAUUCGCGCCCCAACUUUAGCCAGAUUGUGCAGAUGCUUCUACAUUACCUCUCCGCUCUCUCCCCACCUGAACCUGUGGCCCCUCCUCGUGUGUUUAGUUCCGAGAAUGCAAUCCUACCACCUGAAUCUCCUGGAACAAGCUCGCUGAUGGCCGUUCGAGACGGAAUGGGCGACACACCCAAGGGCGACAUCGAAGGCAAGUCGAAGGGGUUAUUUUUCUGCUUCAGCCAAUGCUACUAAUUCGCGUUACCAUCAUCAAGAGGAAAUAAGCGGUUAGAGGAAAUGUCAAAUAGGUUGCACUUUUUGUUAUGCUGUAGGCAAAUUUUUACAUUUUGUUCGUUGUAGAUCGAGAAGGAGCAACUGCUCCAACUUUUAUCUGGCUGGACUAUGUAAGUCUGAUAAGCACCGUUAAUUCAUUUAGUCUUUAUCCGCUGUGAUACUCAGUAGAUAGACGUUCUUGACUUAA